UCUGUUGUUUUGUUCUAAUGAUUCCCUUCCUUGGUAAAUAAGUUUAUAUUGACGGUGGUAUGGCGAAGUUAUUUAAGUUCAUGUCGGUAAAAAAUAAAGAUAAAAAUUUCAUGUCGAAGCUAGAAACAGAUGCUACUCCAAUGCCGAGGGCGAAUGGGAAAAAUAAGGCAGUUUCCGCUUCGACUAACAACGGCAGUGCUUUCGUGAAUGCAAAUAUCAGCGGGACGGAGCAAUUCGCCUCAUUGGCAUUAGGAAGUGGCAUCAGUUUAGCGGAAGUACCAACCGAAGCAAUGGCCAUCCCGGAAGAACCGAGUGCGCAUACCGUGGUAAACAAUGUACAUUACAAUGCAUUGGCAGCCCCUCAACAAACAUCGAUAUCCAACACAUCCGCUAAGAUGGUGUUUCACAUAAAGAACUCCAGCAAUGUACACAUUGGAAACAGCUAUACUAUGGAGCCAACGAAUGGGUGUAAUGACUGUAAAACGGACCAUAAGGAACACGUUAAAUGGGCCAAUUUAAAGCUGUCUAACACUAUCACCCAAAUGAUGAAGUCUUCUGAUGAAUUGGAACCGGAAAUGCUUGAAAUCGUGUCAAGACAUUUAGGCUACGAAUGGAAAAGCUUCGCUCGAAAGCUGGAAUACUCGGAAGGGCAAAUUGAUGCCUUCGAAGCAGACAAUCCAACAUUGUCGGAGCAAAUUUACCAUUUUCUUUUGGAUUGGACUCAAAACGAAGAUAACCCUACGCUGGGACGCCUAGUGUCAUUGUUGUGGGAAAAUAAACACAAAGAAACGGUUUAUUACAUGAAGAGAGAAUGGAAAUGCCGGAAAGAGAAUUUGAGUAGCUGACCCGCUGCCCCGACGAUAACCCGCUACGGUAGAAUAGGACCCCGAGGAGAGCAACACAUAAAAGUAGUGAUAGGUGAAAUUUGUUUUACUUUUUAACGUGAAAGAAGAAGAUUAUGUUACACAGGCUAAACAUAUAAUAGGUCGAUCAGUUUUGUUUAAGAAUUUUAAACGAUUCAAUCAAUGAAUCGUAAAAUGUAUGAAUCAGAAAACGUAUUGUGGUAAUUAAAACAAUUUCAUAAAAAAACAUAAUCAUUAGGUUUGAUGGUGAGUUUAUUGAACCAUUUACAUGCUAUCCUUCACACCUCACUUCAACAUACCUUCCGGAAUGGAGUGGCAAAUGUAACUUAGGAUUUCUGUCCCAAUUUUUCCUUCUUAAUCGUUCAUGUUAACGUAAAGCAUCUAUGCGAAUCGUUGGUGGAAAAAGAAGCAUAAUAGUGGCAACUCUUCGCAAUCACUCGCAAAGCAAUAGUCAGCGUCCUGAUCCGAUAUCCGAAUCCUGAUCCGAAUAUCUGCUAGCUAGAAUACGCUGUAUAAAGGGGAUAGAAAUGGGAAUAAAAUUCAGUCGCAGUCGCUAAACUGCCUGUGGGAUAAGGGAAGGCUCAAGCAUAAAGCUUUGAACAAAUUUACUCACAAUAGCCAGUAUAAUACUAUUCAAAGAUAUAUUAUCUUCUUGAAUGUUGAAAAAAAGGUGCCAAAGUUUUCAUCGGCCUACAAUCGGCGAUCUUUGAAGGCUUUUAUGGGCGUUUUUUGAAAAUACGUUAAUUGACCAAGAUUCGCAGAAAUGCCAGAGUUACUGACGACAAAUUGUACACACGGAGCCGUUCGCUUUCAGUUUGAGUAAUUGUCUCUUUGCCUUGAUUAUAGUGCAAAUAUGAAAUUCAACGAACAUUAUAUUUAUCUUGUAUGAAUGCAUUCUGAAGGUUCUUUUCCAUAUAAAUAACUCCAUAUAACGAUAUUUGCGACGAAUAGAAUAGUUUUAUUUACACUGAAACUAUGUGAGCUCUACAUAUUUUUAUUGAUUUAAAGGUCUAUUGAACGUGUGAUUAGGGGAGCAAUAAACUCUAAUAGUCAAUGUAAUAUUUCA